GUCAAUUGUAUUAGAGACGACUGACAAUGUAUUGACACAACUUCUUCAAUGUUCCCCUGAAGUUAAACAGUUACCUUCAGCUUUGUAAAUUUGACAAACAACAACAUAACCUCUCAGCUUUACCCAUUUCUCUUCAAAAAAAGAAGAAAAAAAUGGCUGAAUCAUUUUUGUUCAGUGUUGCAGAAAACAUUCUGGGAAAGAUAGCUUCUCUUGCACUGCAAGAAGUUUCUUUGGCAUGCGGUCUUGAGAGGGAUUUGAAGAAGCUUGAGGACAACUUAACAAUAAUAAAAGUUGUGUUACUGGAUGCAGAAGAGAAGCAGGCACAGAGCCAAGCGUUGCGCCUUUGGCUUGGGAGGCUUAAGAAUUUUUGUUAUGAUGCUGAGAAUGUGCUGGACGAGCUCGAGUACGAAGGCUUGCGCAAACAAGUUGUGAAACAGUACGGACACACCAAAACGAAGCUAACACGCUUCUUCUCAAGCUCUAACCCGCUUAAUUUCCAUCUCAAAAUGGGUCAUAAAGUGAAGAAACUUGGGGAGAGAUUAGAUGAGAUUGCAGCUGAAAAGUCAAAAUUUCAUCUUACAGAGCUAGUUGACUAUCGAUUAGCUGGUCGAAUAAAGAGGGAAAUGACUGACUCUCUGUUGCGUACAUCAAAUGUUAUUGGAAGAGAGAGUGACAAGGAAAUACUAGUUAACAAGUUUCUCUUAGAUCCGAUUGUGGGUGGAGAUAUCUCUGUGAUUCCGAUCGUUGGAGUAGGAGGCCUGGGGAAGACAACACUUGCCAAACUGCUAUACAAUGACCAGAGAGUAGACAAACAUUUUGAUCUCAAGAUGUGGGUGUGCGUAUCUGAAAGUUUUGACAAGAAACAAAUCAUGGUAAGCAUGCUCAAGUCAUUAGCUCUUCAAAAUCGUGGAGACUUGGAUCCUGACCAAUUGCAAAAGCUGAUUCAAGAAGAGCUGAAUUCAAAGACAUUCUUGCUUGUUUUGGAUGAUGUGUGGAGUGAUGAUCGCGGGAAAUGGAUUGAAUUCAGGGAUUUAUUGGAGGGAGGUGCUCCUGGAAGUAAAGUCAUAGUCACUACUCGCAGUGCCUCAGUUGCAACGACUGUUCGAACUGUCUCUUCAUAUGAGUUGAAGGGUCUUUCUCAGGAACAAUGUUUGUCUUUGUUCAAGAAAUUGGCAUUUAUAGAAGGAGAAGAGGAUUUACAUCCACAUCUCAAAGAGAUAGGAGGUGACAUCGUGAAGAAAUGUGGAGGGCUUCCUUUAGCUGUGAAGACAUUGGGGACCCUUUUAUAUUCCAAAAGCGAUGAACGUUAUUGGAAAUUCAUAAGAGAUAAUGAGAUAUGGAAGCUGGAGCAGAAGGAAAAUGACAUUUUACCUGCUUUAAGGUUAAGUUAUGAUCAAAUGCCAUCUCAUUUGAAAUCAUGUUUCAGUAUUUUAUCAAUCUUUCCCAAGGAUAUUGAUUUCACCAGCGUUUCAUUGGGUCAAGUUUGGAUGGCACAUGGGCUUCUUCAAACCGCAAAUGAACAUCAAGACAUAGAAGAUACUGGAUUGCAGUACAUAAAGGAGUUGUAUUCCAGAUCAUUCUUGCAAGACUUUGAAGAUAAUGGUGGUUUUUUUAGCUUUACAGUGCAUGACUUAGUGCAUGAUCUUGCAUUGUCAGUGGCACAAAGCGAGUGCUUUGCUAUGAAGACUCAUACCAACAAUAUAUCUGAGGGGAUUCGACAUCUGUCAUUGUCCAACAAGGCAUUAUUAGAACAAGAAGUUCCGGGUUUUCUAAGAAAGAAAAACUAUUUGCGAACUAUAAUUUUCCCUAGUGAAUUGCAAGGCCCUGCUUGUGAAUCUUUUGUCAAUACAUGUAUCUCUACAUGUACGUAUUUGAGGAUGUUGGAUUUGAAAGGAUCAUUUUUUGAGGUACUGCCAACUGCGAUUGGUGGUUUGAAGUAUUUGAGACAUCUCGACUUAUGUUAUAGCAGAGUUAGGAGAUUGCCUGAUUCUAUUUUGAAGCUGCACAAUUUGGAAACUUUGUUACUUGGUAAUUGUUUAGAACUUGAAGAGUUGCCAAGAGGCAUAAGGAACCUGAUUAAGUUGAGAGUUUUAGUAAUAACGGUAAAACAGAAGUAUUUACCGGAAGAUGAAAUAGGGUGCUUAACGUCUCUUCAGCUUUUGUCUAUUGAAUCUUGCACCAAUCUUGAAUUUUCGAUGGAAGGAAUACAACCUAUAACAUCCUUGCGAUUCUUGGAGAUUUGGAACUGCAAAAAUUUAAUUUCCUUACCUCGAAAUUGGAAAUAUUUAUCUGGAUUGGAGGUUUUAAGUAUCAAAAAUUGCGUUCAGCUUAAUUUGAUGGAAGAAGAUGAGAACCAAGAAGUCAAGGUGAGCCUUCGAUCUUUGAUGCUUGAAUCGUUGCCACUACUCGUGACCUUACCCCAAUGGCUUAAAAUAUCUUUCAACACUCUACAAACACUCACAAUUAGUAGGUGUAAAAACAUCUCCACAUUUCCGGACUGGUUCCAAGACUUCACUUCUCUUGAAAAGAUUUUGAUCCGUUAUUGUCCAAAGUUGUUGUCACUACCAGAGGAGAUGCGUUGUCUGACUGCCUUGAAGGAAUUGAAAAUCAUAGGAUGUCCAACACUGCGUAAAAGAUGCAAGAAGUUUGUAGGUGAGGAUUGGCAUAAGAUAGCUCAUGUCUCGAACAUUGAUAUUGAUGAUGAUGAAGUUGAAGAUGAGGCAUUAUCAACUGCUUAGGGUACUGAAACAAAUCCAUUCAACUGGUGAACGAAAAUGAUCUCGUCUCUCCACAAAUUCUACCAAUGCUUUGCAAACAGUGUUUACAGGCUUAGGUUGAGACUGAAACAAAUCCUUUCAACUGGUGAACGGAGAUGAUCUCGUGUAUCUAUAAAUUCUACAAAUGCUUGCGAACAGUGUUUACAAGCUGAGAUCGAGGCGGUGGCGUCGUCAUGGUGUCAUCUUCUAACAGGAGAACAAAUAAUGUGUGGUUGAGGUUGAGGUUGA